AUGGUGCACUCCCUGCCCAGAGCACUCUUCCCGAUUCUGCUGCUCCAGGUGCCCAUGUGGGGCUCAGAUUCGUUUGAAGUGAGUGGCCCCUCAGAGCCCAUUGUGGCUAUGCUGGGCACAGAAGCCGUACUGCCCUGUUAUGUGACCGCAACCGUGGAUAUGAAGAACGUGGAGCUGAGGUGGUUCCGCUCCCAGUACUUGGAGGCUGUGUACGUGUAUCAGGAUGGGAUGGAGCAGGCAGCAGAGCAGCUAGUGGAUUACAAAGGACGAGUAGAGCUGCUGAAGGAUUACAUCUCAGAGGGGAGAGUGGCUGUGAGGAUCCACAAUCUGCGGGUCUCAGACAAUGGGAUGUACAGGUGUUUCUUUAAACAGAAUGACAACUUUGGUGAAGCCACUUUGGAGCUCAAGGUCAUAAGUCUUGGUUCUGGUCCUCGCAUCAUCAUGGUGGGUCCAGAAGAUGAAGGCAUAAAGCUGUCGUGCACUGGCAAGGGUUGGUUUCCCCAGCCUGAAGUACAAUGGAAGGAUGAGAACGGAGAGAAGAUCCCAUCUCUGUCUGAGCAGGAGACCCAAGACGACGAUGGCUUGUUCCAGAUGGAUGCAUUCCUCAUUUUGAGAGACAGAACAAAGGGAAAAGUGUCCUGCUCCAUGAAGAAUUCCUUCCUUCUACAGGAGCAGACGGACACAAUUUCUAUCCCAGAGCCCUUCUUCCCUAGGACCUCGCCUUGGAAGGCAGCAUUUGUUGUGACUUUCCUCAUGCUUGUGGUUUGCCUGAGUGCUGCUGUCUUUUUUGCUUGGAGAGAAAAGCAAGAAAAGAAGAAAUCAAAGAAGGUCAGGGAUGCAAAACAGAAAGAAGUUACUGAAAAAGAAGUGAUCAAGAAAGAACUUGAGAGAAGGAAGAAUUUGUAUCUACUCGACUGGAGGAAAGCAAAGUUAUAUGCUGACUGGAGAAAGGAGAAGUUCGAAGCAGCGGAUGUUUCCUUGGAUCCAAUAACAGCUCAUCCAAAACUCAAGAUAUCUGAAAAUGGAAGACAUGCUUCUUUGGAAGAAGAAGAUUAUGAAACCAAAUUCAGUGUUCUAGGUCAUGAUUAUUUUACCACAGGAAAAUAUUAUUGGGAAGUAGAAGUAAAUAAGGAGACAGAAAUGAAGUCUGGAACUAGAUGGGCUUUGGGAAUUUGCUCAGCAACAGUGGAGAGAAAGGGGUGGUUUGCAGAAAGUACAGACAAGGACUUCUGGGUGUUGGCAUACAAGGAAGGGAUAGUCAUGGCUCUCACCACCAAGCCAGAAUCUCUGCCACUGAGACAUUACCCUGAGAGGAUAGGAAUAUUCUUGGACUUGAAGAAUGGGGAUGUAUCCUUUUACAACAUGAUGGAUGGAUCCCAUAUCUAUUCCUUUUCUGGCAACUUCCAUGGGAACAUCCAUCCUUAUUUUAGCCUGCAAGGUGUUGGCACAUCUAUGUCCAUCUGCUCAACUUCAGGUCAGAAUGAAAAUGUUCCCAGUUCUUCUUCAGGGAUGUCAGUAACUCAACCAAGGAAUUGUGAUACAGAUGCACCAGAGGAAACUAAUACUCUAUUGUCUCCAUAA